AUGACCCCAACUCCUCCUUCGACAAACUCCUCCCAGGGAGCCCGCUCUCCUGAGGACCAGUUCCGCGUUGUGAGGAAGAGAAACCGUGUCCCUCUUAGCUGCUAUCCGUGUAGGACGCGCAAAAAAUGUGACAGAAGUCACCCCUGUAGCAACUGUACGAAGCGUGAGGGCAUGGGCACCAGCUCAUGUUCUUAUGCUACGCCAGUCACGCGCAAAAAGAAUCAAAGUCAAGGAGAAUCAAGUCCUGAUGACAUGCAGAACCGUAUUGACCGUUUAGAAGGCCUAGUUUUAUCCCUGAUGCACGGAGGUGCUAACGUAGAUGCUGCAUCCGCUGCAGCCGCCGGAGCAGCAACACAAUCGACCACGGAUAGUGGUUCUUCCGCAAAGACUGGGAGAGGAGACGGGAAUGCAAUGGUAUACGACGAAGACGAAAACAGCGACGAAGAAGAAGGCCUGGCUACGUCUUUGGGCUUCCUCAAAGUUGACACAGAUAAGGGCAAGUCAAUGUACAUCGGGCAGGAGCAUUGGCACACCCUCCUUGCCGACAUUUCCGAGGUAAAAAGCUACUUCACUUCUCACAAAAAGGAGUUGGAAACGAGUUAUGAGCGAGUCAAGUCCUCAAAGCCUAUGGCAGCGAGGGAAGGGCCUACGCUGCUCCUGGGAGCCCUUCCUGCGUCCGAGGUCGAGAUAAGAGCAGAGCUCCCGUCCAAAUCGGCUGUCUUGACUCUGUGUAGUCGGUACUUCAACUCCAUGGAUAACGCAGUUAACAUUAUCCAUGGCCCAACUUUUCAACAACAGCUGAGAGAUCACUGGGAAGACCCUAACAAGACGCCUAUCAUGUGGCUCGGCAUGCUGUAUUCAGUUCUUUGUCUAGCGAUGCUAAGUUACCAUAAGGUGGGUGAUGAACCUCCCGAGUGGAGGGGACGAACUCUUGAGUUGGCAAACGAGUAUCGAUUACGGACAGUCCAAUGUCUUGUAAAAUCAGACUAUACAAAACCAAACGAGUACACGGUCGAGACUAUGAUUCUUUACGUUUUUGGAGAAUACUCGUCUCGGUGGGAUGCUGAUUUGGGGUUGUGGUUGAUUGUCUCCUUGAUUGUCCGAAUUGCUUUUCGAAUGGGCUAUCAUCGAGACGCCAAAUGGUUCCCAUCAAUUACACCGUUCCAAGCAGAAAUGAGACGGCGAACGUGGGCUCUUGUGCGAAUGUCGGAUGUCAUCUUUUCCCAUCAGGUUUCUCUGCCCAGCAUGAUCUAUGAACACGACUGUGAUACUCAGCUCCCUAACAACAUUUUUGACGACGAAUUUCACCCUAGCAUUAAAGAAUUGCCUCCUUCUCGACCGUCAACUCUAGCCACCCCAAUCGCAUACAUGAUUGCAAAGUCAAGACUGUGUAACGAGUUGGGAAACAUCCUUCAAACUACGGGCACAGUAGGCAAACAUGUGUCCUACGACGAAAUCAUCCGCUUUGACGCCAAAUUGCGGCAGAUUAUGCAAGAAUUACCGCCGCACUUGAAGCUGACAACACUGGAGGGAUCGCAUGAUCCGGUGACAUUGAUCAUUGCCAGGUUCAACGUCGAUAUCCUAUACCAAAAGAUUCUCUGCCUACUCCACCGCAAAUACCUUCCCCGCGCAAGGCAAAACGCACGAUACGCACACUCUCGUAGGGCUGCCAUUGAAGCGUCGUUGACAGCACUCGAUCAUCUGGCGGUUCUCUAUAGGGAAUCACAGUCCAAUGGAAGGCUGCGGUCAGUUAGCUGGUUUGUGAAAUCUAUUGCUACCAAAGACUUUACGCUGCCUGCCAUGUUGGUCAUACUUGAUCUUCAUUUCGACAAUAUCGCCGCGCAAUCUUCAGUCCCACAGGAUGAUGAAGGCGCAUCAACAUGGGAUGGCAAUCAGCGAUCAAAGAUGAUUGAUAGUCUAGAAACUGCGAGAAAGAUUUGGAACACUCUUGCCGACACGUCUAUGGAAGCUUUCAAGGCAGCCAAGGUCAUUGAUAUUAUGCUAGACAAAAUCAAAGAUCCCACGGCAAGUAGCAUGGAUACGCCUGGCGCGCCAUCUCCAAUGCCAGGCUUGACACCGGGCAUGGGCAUGGGCAUGGGCAUUGAUGUUUCACCCGGUAUGGCGCCUGAUUUAGUUUCCAACAAUAGCCUACCCGAGUUUAACCCAACGGCCAACCCCUUUUCAACGCCUAACCCAGCGGCAUUUAUGGGCAUGGAUUUUGGUAUGCCUGGCCCUGACGGUCUUGAUUUCCAGACAGAUGGGUUUGCCGGAGCUGGUCCUGCUUCUCCGUUCUCCUCAAUGUUUGGCAAUCUGGGAGCUGGCACCAAUGUGGGGAUUGAUAUGGCUGCAAACUUCGACUGGAACGCGUUUGAAAACUAUACACAGAUGGCCAACUGGGGAGCAGACCAGAGCUUCCAGAUAUACGGCACUGGAGGGGACCAGUCAUCGCCCGGACAGAGUUCAUCAGUGGGUGGACGUAGCGGAAGUACAUCACAAGUGCAAGGAAGUGGGACCGGAAGCGGAAGCGGGAAUGGAGGAAAUGACUUAGAACUUGUACUAUCGUAA